AUGUCAAGCCUCGCGGCAGAGUCGUGGACGUGGUACGGCCUAACAUGGCUCGUAGUCGUGGUUCGAAUGGUGUCCCAGAUUCUACUGCGGGGAUCAGUCAAGAAGCUUAAACCAGACGAUGGGUUGAUGAUGUUCGCCAUGGCCACGGACACUGUCCUGAUUGUCUGCAUGAACAUCAUAUCGCACACAAACAGCAACCUCAUCGACCCAAAUGAGCCCGCGACAUUCACGCCCGAAGACAUCAGCCAGCGAAGAUUUGGCUCCAAGAUGGUGCUUGUAUCGGAGCAGAUGCAGAUACUUACCAUCUGGACCGUCAAGGCUUGCUUGCUGUUGAUGUACCACCGCCUGACAUUGAGCUUGAAGGGCAAUCUCAUUGUCAAGAUUGUGGCUGGCUAUGUCGCCGUCGGCUUCGUCGUUAUGGAAAUCCUAUAUCUAGGCGUGUGGUGCAGGCCCUUCAACCAGUACUGGGCUGUUCCCCCUGACAAUCCACAAUGCUCCGCGGCAACCAACCACCUGAUAACAAAUGCGGUCCUGAACAUCUCGUCCGACCUCAUGAUCAUCAUGAUCCCCAUGCCCAUCUUCCUGCAGUCCCGAAUAUCUCUGAAGAAGAAGAUUGUCCUGGUCACGGUGUUUGCGCUCGGUGGAUUCACGAUCCUCUCAGCCAUCCUCAACAAGUACUACAGCUUCAGCGAACCGUACGGCUCGGCCUGGACGUUUUGGUACAUUCGAGAAUCCUCGACGGCAAUCAUCGUCGCCAACCUGCCCCUGACGUGGACUCUCUUCCGGCGCAUGUUCAAUUUGCGCUCGUUCAAUGGUGGCAGCGACUAUUCCAAGACUCGCAGUGGGCACCCCACGUCUACCGUCCGCUCGCAGGGUCAGCGACGCAACCCGGGCCGCAGCUAUAUCUCUGCCGGAGAGGGCCGCGACGGCAUGCACGACCUAGACCCUUCCGAAAGCCAAGAACAAAUCACCAAGGACAAUAACGAGUACGGAAUCUCCCUCAAGAUCUACCAGCGCCGCGACGUGCAGGUCAAGUCGGAGCCGGUGGGCGGGACCAGCGGCAGCAAGUCGGAUUCCAAGGAGUCGCUGCCCGAAGGCCUGACGACCACAACGAUCAAGGCCGGCAAUCGCCAAAGCUCAAGAGACGUGGAAACAUCGUCGGCUCGCUCCGCUGGCGGGGCGCCGGUCAACGCAGCACCCGGCGUGUGA